CGCCAUGUCCCGUGUGAUCGUCUCCGCCAUGCUCGUCGCCUCUGCCGCGGCCUUCGCCCCGUCCCCCUUCUCCGUCCCCUCCCUCCGAUCCUCCUCCUCCUCCUCCAUCUCCAUGAACAUGGAGGGCCCCAGGGGAGUCGCCCCCAUCAUCACUGUCUUCGACCACAGGGGCUGCAAGCGCGGAAAGGCUGAUUCCGAGUACCAGGGCGCCCUGGCCAACGGCCCUGAGGACGAGAUGCUCGUUAAGGUCGCCUACAAGAAGGUUCCUCUCAGUGCUGGAUUCGCCGACAAGGUCCUCCAGCAGACCCUCGGAACCUUCGGCCAGGCCCCCGCUGGAGCCAAGAAGGCUCAGGCCAAGAAGUAAGCGGCGCGAGGGGAGAGGACGCAUGCUGGGCUCUUGCUGGCAUCAGGGACCGUUUUGACAGGAGAGGGUUGACACCCUUGUUGAUGUGAGCUGGGAUGAAGCAGCGUAACAGUUUGAAAUGAAGUUUGCCCUAUCGUUGCUG